CCAAGAUUCAGGCCUCGGGUCAUCCAUUCCUUCAUCUUACGCUGAGACCCUCAUUUCAUACCACGGCGAUGAAGGGCCUGCAGUACGCUUGCCACCCAUGCCCCAUUCGGCCAGGACUGGUUUGAAGUUCUCCUGCAUAGCAUGCAACAGGAAAAUAAAGGUGCAAAAUAUCACGGAAUGGAAACGGCACUUGUACGACGAUCUGAGGCCUUGGCAAUGCCUAGAACCCUCGUGUAGGUACAAGGCCGUCUUCAGCAAUCGUGUAGAUUGGGUCAUACAUCUCUCUCUCGAACACUAUUCGCCCGAAUGGGAAGGAUUUAAAUGCCCGCUAUGCCGAAAGAACACUGGUUGUGGCAAACUCGUUAUUCUCAAAUCACUUCGGAACUCAUCUUGAAGAGAUCUCCCUUGCAGCUCUCCCGUCGAGAACUGAUUCGGACACAGAAAGCCAGUCCUCGGACACCAGUCAGCAAGACGAAACGGUUGGCAAUGAAGCCGAAAUUGGUGGGGGACACUUGUUCACUGCGAC